AUGUCGGCAGUUUAUCGGGCGGUAAUUUCAGCCGUUGAUAAGAAGGUUCCUGCUCGAAUAAAACCUUUAUGGGAUCAUCCUGCGGGACCUAAAACCAUAUUUUUCUGGGCGCCUACUUUCAAAUGGCUUCUUGUUAUAGCUGGUUUAGCAGAUAUUAACCGACCAGUCCAGAACGUCAGUUUAUACCAAAGCACAGCGCUUGCAGCAACAGGUCUCAUAUGGUCUCGCUAUUCUAUGGUUAUUAUCCCAAAAAAUUACAACCUUCUCAGUGUAAACGCCUUUGUUGCUCUAACUGGAUUAUAUCAACUAGCAAGAAUCGCUCAACUAGCUGACAUUUGGGAAAAACAGUUUAGAAGACAUUUUACUAUACAUUCUUGAUGCUGAAAACAAGUUUCAAGCUAAAAGUUUUAAUUGACCCUAUGAAAGGCACUUGACCUUUUUAAAUGGUCAGUUCUCGAUCAGAUCUAAACCGUAUCUUUUGUGAAUGGGGACUUUAAAUUCUUGACACUUGUACUCAGUCUUUUCAGGAGUGAAAACCAAUGUCCCGUCCAAAUUAUUCAUUGGAUUUACCAAAAUUUAUCUCGGAUCUGAUUCUGCCCUUACGAUACGUUGAAGUCUGUUCUGCCGAGAACUGGCCGUCUUCGACAAACUGACUACUAACUGCAUUGAAUCCAAUAUCCUGAUGAUAAUGGCAUUGCUUUUUUAAUUCAAUUAAUCUUUUCAAGAGGUAAUCUAUCUUGGUAUUCCGAUUUUGCUCUUCUCUCUUUAGGAGCUGCAUUGAUUGCUAGUUAAUAAAUCUUCUUGCCCACGGACAUAAUUUAACUGUAUUCUGAGAUCCGGAAUAUUUUUCUUUGUUACGUGUUCCUUAAUUAAAUUUAAAAGUUGAAUGUCUGUUAAGUGGGAGACCUAACAUUUCUGAACACCACUGUUGUCAGAGCUUUUUGUAUCCCACGUUAUUGAACUUCUUAUACAGCACACUCGUAAAUUUCAUUUAAACGUCGUCGUAUCAACCUAUGCACUUGUCACGCUGUAACAUUGGUUCAUGGAAAGCAUUAGCUCGGGUAUUGAUGAGCUCGCAUUUUAUUACAUAGUAAUCUACGUUUAUCGUAAAAUUUGCGGUUAGCGUAAGUAGGCCGACGUAUCUCAAUGGGUUGUAAAGAGUCUGUAUAAACCCAGCGCUUAUAAGUGGGAAGCUUCGUGAAGCUGCAGGCGACUAUAUUCGCCAUUUCCAUGGCGUCGUGUAAAUGUAGCCAGUGCUCAUCUAUACUUUUCGGUGGA